AUGAAUACUCUAAAUGAUUAUGAAAUUAUAGAGAAAUUAGGAUCUGGUUCUUAUGGGGAUGUAAUGUUAGCGAAAUGCAAAGCAAAUGGAUAAUUAGUAGCAAUAAAAGCGAUGGAGAAAAGAUUGCUGAUUAAGGAAAAAAAACAAUAUCAAGUGUUUAUUGAGAAGGAAGUGUUGUCAAGGAUUAAACAUCCUGGUUUGAUUAAUAUGAUAGCUAGUUUUCAAAGUUCAGCAUAAAUAUACCUAGUCUUAGAGUUUAUGGAAGGAGGAGAUUUUGCUAAUUUCUUAAAAAUAAAUAGAAACAUGUCUUAUAAUUCUAUAGUAUUUUAUACUGCAGAAAUAGUAACAAUAUUGGAACAAUUGCAUUCUAAUGGGAUUGCGCAUAGGGAUGUGAAACCAGAAAACAUAAUGGUGGCAAAUAAUUUACAUAUAAAAAUGAUAGAUUUUGGGACAGCUAGCUUUUUUGAUGAGCAUAAUUUACCAGAUAAUGUUCGCGAUAAAUUGAAUGAAUUAAGAGAGAUUAGCAAAUAGGAUGAGAGAUUUUUAGACGAAAUAGACUAAUACCAAUAGAAACAUAAGGCUACCUUUGUGGGAACGGCAGAAUACGUAUCACCGGAACUUUUGGAAGAUGAUAUUUGUGGUCCAUAAGCAGAUUUAUGGGCUUUGGGCUGCAUAAUUUAUAAAAUGUUCACUGGAACAACUCCGUUUUGUGAUUAGACCGAAUAUUUAGUAUUUUAGAAGGUUCGAUCUUGUCAGUAUCCUAAAAAUAAUAAAAUUCCAUAAGAUGGAAUGGAUUUAAUAAAUAAAUUGUUAGUCAGAGAUCCAUUAAGCAGAUUAGGAGGAGGAUUGCCCAAUUCUAAAAACACAUAUAGAGAACUAAAGGGUCAUCCAUUCUUUAAGGAUAUCAACUGGUAACAGUUGUGGAAUCAAAAAGGACCUGAUGAUGUUUAAAUACAUUUAAAAAAGAUAUCAACUUAGGAAUUCGCUCAAAAAAAGCCAAGUGCCGCAUUGAAACCAGAAGUAGUGAUAACUGGUUUGGUUAACAAGAAAACAGGUUGGAUGAUCUAUAAAUUACGAAAUAUGAUAUUGUAUGAUUUCGAAAUUCCUAAAUUAGAAUAUUUCGAUCCUAAUACUGGAUUAAAAAAGGGUUAGAUUAUUUUAGACAAAUCUGUAACAAUAGAAUUAUUGAAAGGGUAAUUUAAUAUUGAUGUGCCUAGUAAAAAGAAGUACUAUUUUAAAGUAAAUUAAAUGAUAUAAAUAAAGGAAUGUGAACAUCCGGCUUAAUUGUGGGUUGACAAAAUUAAAGAUGUGAUGAAAAGAAGAUUGAAUUGCGAUUGA